ACCCUUUUGGUUUUUAACAUGGCGGAAAAGAGCCCUUUUGAAGUUAAACUAAAAGGUGACACCAUUUUCAUAGAAGAUACAAAAACUAAUGAGUCCGAAGAAUAUUUGAUAAAUGCUCUACACAAAGCAUGUGAGGGCUCCAGACCUCUCAAGUUGGUUCACUCUGGAGGUUGGAAUGAAAUCGUUCCUGUUCCUAACAAGUUUCUAAUGGCUAUUGUCAGUUUAGACUUUAUCGUAGAGCUAAAUCUUUCAAAUUUGUCUCUACCCGGCUCCUCUUUAAUGUUUGGUGACAUGUCAUCUUUAAAAAACCUCGUUCUCAGUAAGACCGGUCUACGUCACUUGCAUCCCUCCAUUGGUCGUCUUAGAAGCCUUGAGUCCCUCUCCUUAUCUCACAAUCAUCUCUAUGACCUCCCUAUCACCAUACGCUUGCUGAACAAACUCCAACACCUUGACAUUUCUAGAAACCUAUUUCGGAGUCUCCCAGGAGGACUCUAUCACAUGCAUAACCUCAAGAAACUCGAAGGCCUUCAAGAGAACCUUUUAGAACAGAACCCUGAAUGGAAAGAUGAGAAUCACUUCAUCACUUAUACUUCUCCUCUUAAGAAACAGCUCGUGACUUUGGACAUUGUUCAAAAGUUGUCUGAUAUAUCAAUUCAGAGUGCAGUUGGUCUCAAUGUCUGGCGUAUACCAUUGCCAGAGCAACAUCGAUCAGAUAUCAUAGAGAAAUCAAUCACUCUUGAUUUGUGUGAGCACUGCUUGACGCCUGUCAAGAGAAUAAUGGAAGAUCAGGAAACAAAUGGCUUUCAGCUCAAGGUUUGUUUGAUAGAGUUCUGUGAGAUGAGAAAUGUUCCUUUUAAAUUUCUUACUUGCUCAGCAACUUGCAGGGACAUGGUGAUAGAGAGAUUCUCAAGACUACAGAGCGAGCUAAAGAUCAAAGGCUCGAAUCAAAAGCUACCCGAAAUACUGCUUAAAGAUCAACACUAUAGAGCCCAGCCAUUCAAACUGGACAAUUCCUCUUGUUAGAAGAAUUUAAAACAUUAAGGGCUCAGCCCUCACCUUGCCCGAGUGUGUGUGUACAUAUGUGUUAGCAGAACUAAAUAUCAGAGUCUAUAUUUUUAUUUUUUAUUUACAAAUGUAUGGAAUUACUCAAGUCAUGUUUGUCAUUUUAGUGGUCUCGUUGUUUAUUUAAA